AUGUUUUGGAGCGUUGUACAUAAGGUCUUUGUCCGCUGGAAAAUCGUCACUGUGCCUUUUCACGCUCCGCAAGAACUACACUGCAUGAUGAACGAGAAACAGAUCAAACACAGCCGACCUCUUACUGUGUGGGUGGGCAAAUCUAGUUUCUGCCACGAGGAGCUAAGUUCAAAAUCAACUGCCUCUCCAGAUAUCAAACCCUCACCGAGUCAUACAAUGAGCGCCCCCGCAAUCGCUCCCGGUUCGACAAAAUUACGGCCCAACAGUCCAGAGGCAAGAAUAUCACGCCUGAAUCAGAACCCGUGGGAUACUUUUGAGCCUGUUGCCGGAUCGAAAGAUCAGUCUCUGAUCUUUGCCCGACACAGGAAGAAAAGAGGACACUUGGUGCAUACCCAACGAAUUGAACAACAGUUCUCUUUCGCUGCAACUUCUAGCUGCUCGAUUAUUGACGAUGAAAUCGUUGCCAUUGUCAAGCCGGUGUUGGAAGGAAUCCAAUAUCUGCGCCGGCUCGGAAGAGCACUCGCUACCCUGAGCCCGGAAACGAUCUUGUUUACACAGUCUGGUGAUGUUAAGAUUAAGGGUGUCGAGAAUAGCUGCCAAAUUGAAGAAUCGGAAAUGAACCCUGCGACGAUGAAAUUAUGCGCUCUAGGCGAUAUCGUCACCAAGUUGAUGUUAAAGAAUCGUACCUACGAGUGGGAACCGGAGAUCCAAAAUUUACCUCGGCAGCUGGAAAGCGUCUCCAUUGAGGAACUGUUGCAGAAUGAGAUGUUCACCCGAAAGUCAUGCGAAGGGGAGUUGAAAUUGUUGGUCAGUAUAGCGAACAAGACUGCCUAUCACGGUAUUAAAUCUUACUAUGCUCGUUGUUGA